CGGGCUAACGUCGAAAUUGAGUGCUCAGUCGACAAACGGAGCUUGGCCGCGACACUUGGGGUAAGCGGAACGGUUAAGAGACAGCUGAAAAAACGGUGCGCGAAGCCGCCAGACAUGGUAGUCAGUCGAUAGUCGGCGAAAAGCAAAGAAAAAUACAAAAAAAAGAAAAGAAAAUUGCAACAUAUUAUCAAGCGCGCGCUCUCAAGGAGAAGUUGGUUAGAAGAGCAUUGAAUGCACAUUAGCAACGUCACACAGAGAGAGAUCGACCGAGAGAGAGAGAGGUAGAGAAGGAGAUUUAAAGAGAGCGAUAAACACACACAAAACCCACAAGAUGGCGGCCGUUGAAGUGCGCAAUGGUUAUAAGUAUUAUGGCUCCAAAUCGAAUCCCAAGAUUGUGCUCAACCAGCUGAACAUGAACGUCAUGCGUGGCUCCAUUUAUGGUCUUUUGGGCGCCUCGGGCUGCGGCAAGACCACACUGCUCUCCUGCAUUGUGGGUCAGCGUCGUCUCAACGGCGGCGAAGUAUCUGUGCUGGGCGUUAAGCCUGGAGAGCCGGGCAGCGGCGUGCCAGGCUCUCGAGUUGGCUUUAUGCCACAGGAAAUCGCCUUAGUCGAGGAGAUGACGGUCAAGGAAACGAUCUUUUACUUUGGACGCAUCUAUGGACUCACAGACGAGAAAAUACGGGAGAAGUUUAAGCUGCUCAAGGAGCUUCUCCAGCUGCCGCCAGCUCGACAGAUGAUCAAGGAAUGCAGCGGUGGACAGCAGAGACGUUUGUCCUUCGCCUGCGCCAUGAUACACGAUCCCGAGCUGUUGAUCCUGGACGAACCAACUGUCGGACUCGAUCCCAUGUUGCGCGAAAAAAUCUGGGACUUUUUGGUCGAAACAACUAGAAAUAGCAAAUUGGCUGUGAUUAUCACCACACAUUAUAUCGAGGAGGCCAAGCAGGCGAAUUGCAUCGGUCUUAUGCGCAAUGGCGUUCUGCUGGCCGAAGACACACCCACCAAUAUCAUGAUCAAAUUUGGCACACAAUCCAUUGAGGAUGCCUUUCUCAUACUCAGCCAGCGACAGGGCAAUGAGGAUGAGUUGGACCAGAUAAUGAAUCAUAACCGAAAUCAGGCGCUACCCACAGCAGUGCUACCAACUGAGGUUAUAGAUUCCCAUGAGCCAACGGCGGAGAAACCGCCCGUACAGUAUGAUGACUCAGUGAACGAGAAUCGCAAAAAGGUUUUCUUUACGACCAAAGGACGAAUCAAGGCGUUGAUGACGAAAAACUUUGUACAAUUGUUUAGACAACCCUCUGGCAUAAUUUUCAUGUUGCUUUUUCCCAUCAUUCAAUUAACCUGCUUUUAUCUGGCUAUUGGCAAAACACCGACGAAUCUCGAGCUGGGCGUCUACUCCGGCGAGGUGGAAAGCUACUCCGAGUGCUUCGAUGACAACCUACGGACCAUUUACACGGCAAACGAUAGCUGUCACUUUAAUAAGCUCUCCUGUCGAUACAUAAGGGAACUGGGUGACGAUGUCGCCACCAGAAAGUAUUAUGCAACCGAAGCGGCAGCUCUCGCGGAUGCAAAACGUACAGUUACCGUGGGCUACAUACACUUUGCGAAAAAUUUCAGCGAAUCUGUUUACGAACUAAUUGAGGAUGGCAUCCAUGCCAGCGACGGAGCUGUGGAUAAUGCCGAGCUAAGCGUACACAUCGAUAUGACAGAUCAACAAGUUGCCUACUUUAUGCAACGCAAACUGCGUGAUAAGUUUAGCAACUUCAUGAACAAUGUUGUCCAGGAAUGCAAUGUCUCUGCGGCUCUCGUUAAGCUCCCCGUACAAUUUGAGGAUCCCAUAUAUGGCAAUAUGGAAAUUGAGUUUCAGCAAUAUUGUGCACCCGGCGUGGUAAUGACGAUGGUAUUCUUUUUGGCCACUUUGAUGACGGCAGCUGUAUUCAUUUCGGAGCGCAUGGAUGGCAUUUGGGAUCGUACUUUGUUGGCCGGGGUAUCGGCCACCGAAAUGCUCUGGGCUCAUCUGUUAACUCAGUUGAUUAUCAUGGCUCUGCAAUCGUUUGAGGUCGUUAUGUACAUUGGCAUCGUCUUCGACACGUAUAACAAUGGAGAUACGACAACUUUGAUAGGAUUGCUAACGCUGACAGCCUUUUGUGGCAUGUUAUUUGGUCUCUUUAUUUCUGUAUUCUGUAAGUCUCACACGGAGGCUAAUUUUGUGGCAACUGGUGCUUUCUAUCCCAUGAUUAUUCUUUGCGGUCUGUUGUGGCCCUUGGAGAGCAUGCCGGGCUUUCUACAGGAUCUGGUAAUGGUCCUGCCCUUCACCAUACCCUCUAUAUCGGCACGAAAUGUCAUCGAGAAGGGCUGGAGUAUCACCCAUGAAAAGGUCUACAACGGAUUUCUCGUCAUGGCCGCCUGGACUAUAAUAUUCUUUGUGCUAUGCCUGAUAGGAAUUAGACGCAAGGCGUAGUGGGCUAUAUUCAUUACUGGGGGUCUUUCUAGGAGUAGUAGCGUAUUAGAAUUUCCCAAUAGGCGAUUUUAUCUAUGUAUAUUGUCAUAGUAUCUAUAUAAUUUAAUAAUUAUCGGAAGCAUAUCACUCGCAUUUCGUAGACUCUCAUCAAACUCAUCAUUCAUUGUUAGCCAGACUGCAUUGGAUUGACCACUGAUUUUAAGCAAAAUUGUACUUAAAAUAUGUACUAAACUGGUGCAACCCAAUGUCAAACUGUACUAAAAAUAUAUGGUCUAAAGGGUGUCUCACAGAUAUUUAUAAUACACAGCAAAACAUACGCAUUCAUCGAACGAUAAACGCUUCGUUUCAAAUUUAAGUAAUAAAGAACAUAUCCAUGAGCAUGUACUAAAUUUAGAACAUUUAUUAUACUCAGAUCUUGUGUAAAUAGACCAACAGAAAAAAUCGAGUAUUGUUAUAAAGCUCUUCAUUAAGAAUUCCUAAAUUGCAAAUCAUUUAACACAACAUUUCAAAGCAACCAAAAACAAAACUUAAUAAAUGUCUUUAAUGGAGUAUCGAAAUAAA